AUGCAGACGAAAGUGAUAUUCGACAGGACUGGGAGUAUCUUAGGGAAGAUACCGGUGAAGAGACGCGAACCUAGCCCUUGUCAGGAGGUUGACAGUAGUAACGCAGGCCGUAGCUACCGAUUUCCAAAAGGCAAGCGCAACUCGUUUUACAGAAAAAGGAGGCCAGAUUAUCUCCAAGAUAACUACCAAGAAGAUUCUGACACCAUGCCCUUGUUAAAUCAAAGCAGGCCCUGGUCUAUGGUUGAGAGCUAUCUUAUGACAACCCAACCCAUGGAUGUUGACAAUGGACAGGAAGAAAAUUCGGGCGACAGAAGCUUUUUCCCGACACCGAUGGUCACAUUCUUAGUCGAACAGCCGCAAAAUCUCUCAUGUAUGAUUUGCCGAGAAAACAUCAAGAUGACUAAGACUAUUGCAUACGACACGCCGGGGAUCUUACCAUGUGGUCAUGUAGCUUGUUAUGAGUGUUUAGACAGAUGGGUCAAGGAGCAUAAGAAUUGUCCAGUCUGCCGCACCAGUAUGGUACAUCCGGGUUGUAAGCACGAUGCCAUGAUUUUGCCGAUCACCUACACGGAGGUUACUCGUAUACCGAAAACGAUUCCCAUGGGAGGGGCAAUAGGACAGGAUUGUUUGGAUUGCAGAGAGGCCGACUUGAGAUUGACGGCACACAUGAAGUUUAAAGAAAACAUAGAGGAUCUUAAGAAUUAUCGGCAUGGAAAAGAACCCUUCGAAAAACAAUUAGCACAAGAAGUGGAAGAGUCUAUAAGAAGUAGCGCUCAUGAUUAUUGGUCUGAUUUAGGAUAUUCUUCGUUGGCGUGGUAGCUCUGGGGGUCGGUGUUUAUUGUUUCAGCGGACGCGAUAU